CCUCUUAUCAUCAGGAGGAGCAGGAAAAAUCAGUCCGUUCACUUCUGAUAAGCUAUUUGGUGACAGCAGCCCCGCAGGUGAGUCACCCCCGGUGAUGCUCGGGAGAUUACCGCAGGUGACGGAGCUGCUGAUAGACCGGUGUUGUAUUACAAUACAAACCCUAAUUCCUGUUUCACAACUCCCCCUGUGGGUUUUAAGGAGGGCCGGGGCGGCGCUGCCCCAGUGCGAGCGCGGCGUGGGCACAGCGCGCAGGCAGCGGGCUGCGGGAGCAUCGCCGGCCGGCUCCGGGCUCCCGUGUCCCGCACCGGGGGCGUUCGCAGGGUUUCCGCAGGCGGAGGGGCCGCGCCGGAGCUGGAUGGACAUGGACUCGGCCUCGGAGCGGCUCAACGGCAGAGGUCCCUGCACAAGACCCAAAUCCCCCAGGGCGCAGGAGUCCUUCAAGCGGGUCGGGAUCCUCGUCCUGGCCGUGGUGCUCACCCUCGCCUGCCUGGUUGCCAUCGGGUUCCUGGUGAAGAUUUACCUGGACCACCACUACCUGUUCUGCAAGCAGCCCCUGAAGCUGGUGCCGCUGAAGCAGGUGUGUGACGGGCAGCUGGACUGUCUGCAGGGCGAGGACGAGGCCAACUGUCCCCAGUGGGUCCCCGAGGGGCCACCAGCCGGGGCCCGUGUUUCCAAAGACAGAUCCAUCCUGCAGGUGCUCAACAGCCACACUGGAGCCUGGGCCUGUGUGUGCCACGACCACUUCACCCCGGCGCUGGCCAGAGCUGCCUGUGAGGAGAUGGGCUACAGCAGCACCCCAGCGUUCCAGGGGGUGGAGGUGAGCGAGGGGCAGCCGCUGCCUCCCCGCGAGCUCGUGCUGAGCAAUGGGAGCCUCCAGGUGCUCGAGCCAGGCAGGAAAUGCCUCUCGGGGUUGGUUGUGUCACUCUUCUGUUCCACCUGCGGGCAGAGCGUGCGGACGCCGCGGGUGCUGGGGGGCAGCCCGGCCGCCAUCGAGGCGUGGCCCUGGCAGGUCAGCCUGCAGUACAGGAAGGAGCACAUCUGCGGGGGCAGCAUCAUCGGGCCCGGCUGGGUGCUGACGGCCGCGCACUGCUUCAAGAACAACCCCAUCAUCCAGAGCUGGCGUGUCAAAGCCGGCUCCGACCUCCUGUCGGGCGCUGCCACCUUGGCCGUGGAGAAGGUGUUCCUGGCGGAGGUGACACCUGCGUCCCCCAAGGACAACGACAUCGCCCUGGUGAAGCUGCGCUCGCCCGUGCACGACUCAGACAGCACCAAGCCCAUCUGCCUGCCCUAUUUUGAUGAGGAGCUGGUGCCGGGCACACCCCUGUGGGUGAUCGGCUGGGGCUACACAGAGGAGCGCGCUGUCAGAGCGCCUGCAGCAGGCCGAGGUGGAGCUCAUCGACGAGAGGAGCUGCAACCUGGCCGCCUACCACGGCGAUGUCACCGACAGGAUGCUGUGUGCUGGCCUGCCCCAGGGCGGCGUGGACACCUGCCAGGUGUGGGAUGCUCCAGGCCUGCGGGGGUCUGUACCCACCCGUGGCACGGCUCCUGGGAGGGAAGAGCUGUUUUGGGAGGGGCUGUGAGCGCUGUCACCCUGCGGGGCCGUGCUGAGGCUCUGUCCUUGGCAGGGGGACAGCGGCGGGCCCCUGCUGUACUCAGGUGGGCACUGGCAGGUGGUGGGCAUCGUCAGCUGGGGCCAGGGCUGCGGCACCCCCAGCACACCUGGAGUCUACACCAGCGUCCGAGCCUACCUGGACUGGAUCUCGGCCGUGCGCAGGUCAGAGCUCUGAGACCUGCCGGAACAGGUCGCUCCUCGCCCCGAGCCUCCCUUGCCAUCCCUCUGCCCGUGCUCUGGCAGCAGCAGGGACAUGGAUCUCCAGCCGUGGGACAUCAGCAGAGGCUCCCAAACCCUCGCUGGCAGCUGUGAUUUAGGGUGCCAGAGCCCAGCCAAGGAGGCAAAGGGUGACUCAGAGUGAAGGAAUCUCGCUGGCUCAAGCUCCCUUCCGGACAAAGAUUAAUUUAUUAUCCUGUGCUGACCCCGCUGUGGCACGAUGGCUCUUGAGGGGCCAAGCUGCUGACAGCUCACUCCUGUUGUACAGAGAGAAAAGUUGUUUGUGCUCUAGAGCUCUCCCCCUACCCUAUUCCCAUUAAAGGAAAGGAAUUUUGUUUUUCACACAGCCUCCCGACCCUUUGUCCUGCUUCCUCACAGAGUUGUUUUCACCCAGUCCCUCCCAGACCCAGAGCAACCCCAAACCACGGCGAGUUUCUCUAGUAAACAUAAACUUUAUUUCAUUCAAGGCAAAGCUAACUAAACCUCUACAGUGCAAAGAUGUGCUGUAAGUCAUCACACAGCCCCUGUGCUUACACGCAGGUUCCUCCCACGCAGAUUUACGCUUGCUUGGACACACACGCGUCUGUGGCAGCACACACCCCCUCCCCAAAAA